AUGACGGAAAAUCGCUAUCGACCGAGCUCCCCGCCGGGACGCCGGUACGCAGACCCUCGCGACCCUCGCGCCUCGACGGGCAUGUUCAUAUCCUCCUCAUUUGACCCUGCUCGAUAUUCAUCUUCCUCACAACCCCGCAGUGUCAUCGACACAUUCCCGGCCUCCCGGCACGGUAGCGUCUACAGCACCCAAGGUAUAGCCAAGAGACAAGUGCUUGACGACACUCAUCCAGGUGGUGGCUCCAUUGUGCGGACUGAGUAUGCUGUCCGUCCGAGAAACAACUCGACACUGGAGAAUCGCAGGCCGGUCAGCAACUUCCCCGAGCGUCGGUCUUCUCCACCUCUAAUUCGACCGGCAAUCGUCAGCGGCCCUGCCCGCGACGAUCCACGGAGUCCAGCUUUGUCGCCUAGGGAGGAGCAGCGAUAUCUCGUCCCCGCUGCUUCCACAGGUCGCCACCACCAGCGUCACGCGAGCGCUACUCGCGCCGAGCAGGAGCGUCUGCUACCCGCCAGAGUCAGCAGACAACCUGAAUACCAUCGUCGAGGCGGCUACAAUGCGUAUCCCUCAUACUCGACAUCGCGGGGUCCGCUACAAGAUGAAGGCUUCUCGUACACGACGCCGAAAGAGCAAUUUUUGUCCGAAUCAUCCCGUCCGCCUCAGCGGCGAGAUAGUCAUAGUAGACGGGAACGACCGGUGAGCAUGAUAGGUUUGCCGGAAUAUAGAGUGCCUGCAAGGAGAGAUACCCGAGAUGCCCCGCCUCCAUCUUCGACACGUGCUCUGGACCGGAUCGAGAGGAAUGAACCGCUACGACACACAAGUGGCCGCACAAGCGACACUGAAGACCGGGGCAGUGGUGUGCCACGGCGCCGUCAUUCCACAAGGGCUCCGGUCCUGCACCAUUAUCCCGAAGACGGCUACUCAUCAAAUCGAGAUGAUCGAGACAGUCGACCAUUGGUUAGACACCGCCCUGAUCGUCAGGAUGACGACGACAGACCACGGCAUAGACAUCGUGAAGAACGUGACAGAGAACCUGCACGGGAUCUUCCACGCGAGUCUGAUCGUGUCCGCGAGCGGGAUCGAGACAGAGACCGCGACCGGGACAGGGAAAGGGACCGCGACCGUGACCACAACCUGAAACGACUCCAGGAACCUGAAAGGCCUGGCAAGCCUCGCAGCCGCGAGAGUAGCCCAGAUCACUCUGGGCUACGCAAGGGUAUUACUGCAGCUACUGUGGGUGCUGUAGGCGUGGCGGCUGGAGCGGCCAUCAAGAACGCCCGGAAUAAAGACGAUGAAGCGUCGGAAAGUGACGGGCGUAAGGAGCGGAAGCACAGAAGACGACGUCACCACCACACCGGUGAGGAACCAAGCCCUGACGACAUUGCUGGACGUCUGGAUCGUGAACUCAAAUUGACCAACGGAGACCGUGACCAUCGUCGUCGAGACGAGGACAGGAGAGGAGAGGAAGUCGAGGAUGAUGAAGAUCGCCGCGAGAGAAGGAGGCACCACCGUCACCGAAAGCACAAAGAUCGUGACAACGAGUCGGAUACGACGGAGGAUUUUGAAGCAAGAGAAUCCCGCCACCGCAGAUCUGACCGAGACCAUCAAGAGGAUCCUCGUGAUGCUCCUCGACAACACCGAGACAGUGGAGCCUCUCGCGAGGAGGAUCGAGAUGUACCGCCAAAUCUCGAACAGCGUACAAUAUCACCUGGUGAAGAGGAAGAUGGCCGCCCACGCAAGGUCCAAUUGGUUGAACCAGCGGAGAAGAAGGAAGAGUACAAACCCAAGGGGAUCCUCAAACCGCCCCGAGAGGUGCCUUUCCCUGAAGAUCCCAACCCUACUCGUGAAGGGGUUGCGCCGUUAAAGGAUGCGCAAAAGGAUGGAAUUCCACCAAACGCACGAUGGACGAAGAUCAGUCGAGCACUGGUGAAUCCAGAAGCACUCGAAAAGGCACACGAAAGGUACGAGGAGAGGGACGAUUACGUGAUCAUUUUGCGAGUGGUGUCCAAAGAGGAGAUUAUGAAGUUGGCAGAGAAGACCAAAGAGAUUAGAGAAGCUCGAGAGCGCAAAUGGCAAGCUGAACUCGAGGAGAAGCGCCGCCGACGAGCAGAGAGAGGAGAGUAUAGUGAUGAGAGUGACGGAUCCUAUACCGAUGACGACCGUCGGCCAUUGCCAGCUCUGGAGCAAGCACCGCCUGUCCAAGGUUGGCAAGGCGAUCCGAGAGUCUACUUCGCCCAGCAGCAACAGCAGCAGAGGGAAGAGGUGCCUAUUACCGCAACGGCACCUCCCCUGCAGCCGGGUAUGCCUAAUAUGGCUCCGCUGCACCAAGGUCUUGCAUCAGGAGCGCCAUAUCCGCCUCAACAGGCGCCCCCGGUGCUGCAGCAGCAGCAGUACCCAACGAUGCCUGUGCCAGAUAUCAGGGUCGAGCCAAAUGUUGGAAAUUAUGCGAACAAUGUGUAG